AGUGUGCAGGAAUAACUCCGUGAAGACAUAAAAGGGGAAGCCACGCUUUUCUGCAGCUCCCGGUGGCAGAGCAGGUGUUCGCUGUCUUGGCCAGCUGGGGGACCAUAAUGGACUCCGGGCGCACGAUGGCGCCUACCAUGGCUGUGCCUACCCCGUUUGGGUGUAUUGGCUGCCAACUGCCUCUGCCGAGCUACCCUCCGGCCGUCAUCGUGCUAAUGUACUGCGUGAUGGUGGUGACCGUUGUGGCCGACCUCACUGGCAACUCCAUGGUCAUCUGGGCCGUGUCCAGGAACAAGAAGCUCCAAAAUUCUGCCAACAUCUUCGUGGUUAGCCUCUCAGUGGCUGAUAUGCUGGUGGCCAUUUACCCUUACCCGCUGAUGCUGCAUGCCAUGACCAUCGGGGACUGGAAUCUGAGCCAGUUCCAGUGCCAGCUGAUGGGGUUCAUCACCGGACUGAGUGUGGUGGGCUCAGUCUUUAACAUCCUGGGGAUCGCCAUCAACCGCUACUGCUACAUCUGCCAGAGUCUCCAGUACGAGAGGAUCUUCAGCAAGCGCAACACCGUCAUCUUCCUGGUCAUCACCUGGGUCGUGGCCGUCCUCGCCAUCCUGCCCAACAUGUACAUUGGCACCAUCUACUACGACCCGCGCACCUACACCUGCCUCUUCAACUACCUGCACAACACUGCCUUCUCGCUGACCAUCGUCUUCAUGCACUUCAUUCUCCCUCUGUCCAUCGUGGGGUGCUGCUACGCGAAGAUCUGGAACAGAGUGAUGAAGGCCCAUCAAAACCCCGGGCAGGAUCCUGACAACCAGUUUGCUGAGACUCGCAAUUUUAUAACCAUGUUUGUGAUCUUCAUUCUUUUUGUAGUGUGCUGGGGCCCUGUCAAUUUGCUCACCAUCUUGGCGGCUCUCCUUCCAAAGGAUUCUGCAAACAAGAUCCCCCACUGGCUUUAUCUCGCACUGUACUUCCUAGCCUACUUCAACAGCUGCCUCAAUGCUGUGGUCUUCGGGAUCCUAAAUGAGAGCUUCCGAAGAGAGUACUGGGCCUUCUUCUACGUCAUUCGCCACCCCAUCCUGUUCUUCUCUGGCCUCAUCACUGAUCUCCGUGAGAGGUGGGAGUCCCGUGCCCUGACCCGUGCCCGUGUCCGCGCCCGCGACCGCGCCCGUGCCCGUGCCCGUGACCUUGCCCGUGAACGAGAGCGUGGCCGUGUCUCUCCUGCUGUGGAAGAAAUACCACUGCGAGUCCGGAAUGUGCCCCUACCUGGUGACAUUGCAGCUGGCCAAUUUGAGGGUAGCCCUGUCCACUCUGAGCCAGCCUCGCCACUGUCUCAGCCUACCUCUGUCCUCCGUAAGUCUGUCUCUGGCCAUCCCAAGUCUGUCUCUGUUCACCCCAAACCCAGCCCUGUUUAUCCCAGGGCCGCCUCCGUCCACUUCAGGGGUGACUCUGUCCGUUUUAAGUCUGCCUCUAGCCACCCCAAGGUUGUCACCGGCCGCCAGGUUCCUGCUGGCAGUCAGUCCAGGGCCGCCUUCACCUCUGCCGCUGGCCGCAGGAAGUCCACCACCAGGAUCCACAUCAAGCCUCCUGCCAAGGAGCAGGAGACCCCUACCUUCGGCUAUCGGAGCCCUUCGACCCUCAGAUGUGCCCCUGCCCGCACCAGACGCCUGGGGUAUGAUGUCCCCAAGCUCUCUGAGCCGGCCUGCAGCCCGAAGCCCAAAUCCCCCAGGCGUCCGGUGGCUUUUACUAUCCCCACUGUGGUCAUCUCGUCUGUCAGUGACCCCGAGGGGACGGUGGUUCUUAAUAUGGAAAACGUUUCUGAGGAAGAAGUGGCUGUGUGA